CCCCGCGUGUGCCAGGCGUGAGCGGCGGCGCGAGCGGAGGGCACCGGGCGGCCCGGCGCGGUGGCAGCGGCAGCAGCGGAUCGCGGGCCCGGGGCUCACCAUGGCCGAGCUGCUGCGGAGCCUGCAGGAUUCCCAGCUGGUCGCCCGCUUCCAGCGCCGCUGCGGGCUCUUCCCGGCGCCGGAUGAAGGCCUGCGGGAGACCGGCGCGGACCCCGCGGAGGGCGCGGCGCAGGCCCCCGGGGUCGGGCAUCCCCCCGCGGCCAGCCGGCUGCAGAGCGCCGCAGUCCCGCAGGCUUAUGUACAGAAGUACAUUGUGAAGAAUUAUUUCUACUAUUACUUAUUCAGAUUCUCAGCCACUUUGGGUCAAGAAGUGUUCUACAUAACAUUUCUUCCAUUCACUCACUGGAAUAUUGAUCCUUUUCUAUCCAGAAGGCUGAUCAUCAUUUGGGUGCCUUUGGUUUUGCAGUUGGUGAUGUAUAUUGGCCAGGUGGCCAAGGAUAUCUUGAAGUGGCCCCGUCCUUCCUCCCCUCCCGUUGUGAGACUGGAAAAGAGAGUGAUUGCGGAAUAUGGAAUGCCGUCCACCCACGCCAUGGCGGCCACCGCCAUCGCCUUCACCUUCCUCAUCUCUACUAUGGACAGAUACCAGUACCCUUUUGUUUUGAGACUGAUGAUGGCCGUGGUGUUUUCCACCUUGGUGUGUCUCAGCAGGCUCUACACCGGGAUGCACACGGUCCUGGAUGUGCUGGGCGGCGUCCUGAUCACCGCGCUCCUCAUUGUCCUCACCUACCCUGCCUGGACCUUCAUCGACUGCCUGGACUCCGCCAGUCCCCUCUUGCCUGUGUGUGUCAUAGUCGUGCCAUUCUUCCUGUGUUACAACUACCCCGUGUCUGAUUACUACAGCCCAACCAGAGCGGACACCACCACCAUUCUGGCUGCCGGGGCCGGAGUGACCAUAGGAUUCUGGAUCAACCAUUUCUUCCAGCUCGUGUCCAAGCCCGCUGAGUCGCUCCCUGUCAUUCAGAACAUCCCACCACUCACCACUGACACGUUGGUUUUGGGUCUGACCAAAUUUGCGGUGGGAAUUGUGUUGAUCCUCUUGGUUCGUCAACUUGUACAGAAUCUCUCACUGCAAGUAUUAUACACAUGGUUCAAGGUGGUCACGAGGAACAAGGAGGCCAGGCGGAGACUGGAGAUCGAAGUGCCUUACAAGUUUGUCACCUACACAUCUGUGGGCAUCUGUGCUACAACCUUUGUGCCAAUGCUGCACAGAUUUUUGGGAUUACCAUGAGUCUCAAACAGUUGGAAAUGAGCCCACUGGACAUGAGAGCCAAAAUAAGUUGUUGGUGGGCAAGUCUGGACAACUCAUUUCUCUUAAAAAAAAAAAAAAAAAAAUCUUAAGUCACAUUGUGAUGCUACAGUUGAACCCAGGUAAAAAACCACAAUCAAGAUCUUUAAGGACUGCUCUCCCCAACCCAUUCUGUUAUCUGGACUUGGGAUCUAGUCAUGAGCUGGAAGGAACUGUGGCCUGGCUUAGGAAUGGCUCUGAGCCCUGCUGGGUUCUAGAGAGCCAGCAGAGAUGGGUGAUCUGGGAGGCUGGAGGAAGAGCUUUUCUCAGUUAUGACCUUGCCCAGCCCUGAAUCUCAUUUCCAAAGUGGGGACUUUGGUCCAGGAGAAAGGGUGGGGCCGUAUAAAACUGCAUUCCUUGGACAGGGUGACUUCCUUGUUACGAUCUAAUUAUACUGUACCUGCGUGGGUGGUAACAACACUCUGAAAUGAAGCUUGCUGUGAAAAGAUCAAAGGCAGCGGCAGAGCUAUGAGGUCAUGGGGAAGCGCCUGCCUUUUCCUUCAGAGCCCUGGUCUCCUUUUGGUGGUCAUGUUGAAACAGGGACCUGCUCUUCCUGGUUGAUACAUUCUGCGGGAUUCCAGGUGCCAUUACUACGUGCCAGGAAACACACCGGCUGCUUCGCCUCACCAGGCAGGUGGGGGUUAGCCUUCAGCACAAGUGGACACAUCUGGGACCCCGCCGCCCAUCUUCAGCCUUUUUUGCUUUCAUAUAAACUCGGAGGCGCUGGCAUCUGCCUAGGAAAAUGGACCAAUAGAAGAGCAGAUGAACCCAUUCUGUCCUGGAGCCUGACAGGGACAGGCCUCCCUGAUGUCCCUCCUCCCUGUCUCAGUUACUUUCUGUCAAUCCAGAAUCAGGAUCCCCUUCCAUCUUCUCUCUUCCCACCUCUUAUCUCUUGCCAAUCUUAAGGGUGAUUAAUGCAAGAACAACUUUAGCUUCUCUUGGGAAAACAAGCCAGCCAAAUAAAACACCCAUUAAAGCUAGGGUGAGUCCUCCUUAGACUUAGGAAAGUGAUUAUUAUGCAGACACCUAGGCUCCUCUUUAGUUCUUAAAAAUAAAAAACAGGUGUCAACACCUUUCUUAAAAGUUAGUGUAAAUAUAUACUUGACAAAGUAUCUAUUGAGGUAUAGUGCCUGAACCACCGAAGCCAAUGUUUUGUGAGCCUAACACAUCAUCACCAUGCACACACUUUGGGAAAAAUUACCCUCCUUAAAAGUUACAGACGUUCUUACCUCUGUAUCCAGUGUUAAAACUGAAAGCUACGUUUUCCUGAUUUCAGAUAUGUUCCAUGGCCCUACUGUUGGGAUGACCUUUGGGAUUUGACUUACUGCUCCAAUUUCUGGAGAAGAAUAAUUUUUAGUAAAACUCCUGCUUUCUCUUAAAAUUCUUCUCACAUUUAUUUACAUCAUAGUUAGAAGGCAGGGAUGAAAAUGACCUGCCUUGAUUGCUUUCACAUCAGACUCUGAGCAGCAUUUGCAGCACCAGCACUGGGGCAGAGACCAGUUUCCUGUACUUCCAUCCCCCCAGCUGCCAGACCAGAGAUCGCAACACUGGAUAUUUGCACAACAUGAUUUUAGUUGAUUUGUCUGAAGCCAACUGACAAAAGGAUUAGCUUUUCCCAUUUGUAUGUUUUAAAAACAGGGACUGUAAUUAUUGUCACAGCAGUAGGUGAUUGUAUUUCAUAAAUAUAUAUAUAUAUAUACAUAUAAAAAUUUUUACUGCUGUCUUUUAAAAGUCCCCAAAAUAAGAAGGUCAACCAGCUGCAUUGAUGUAUUUAAGAUUGUAUUUACCUAAUUUGGAUUAAGGAUGAGUAUAUUAGCCACAGAACAUUAAAAAAAUGACCCAAGGAUUUGUCAUGGUCACUUUUUAAAGUAUCUGAUUGCAGAAACUGGAGAAUAAAAAGUACCUCUUGGUGAGGCCAAGCUUAUUUUUGAACGCUCCUGCUCUGUGGCACAGAACAAGCAGCAACUAACUGGUGGGAAGAAGUCAUCAUCUGGUUCAAACUCUUGCCUUGCCAGCCCUCUUCUUUUCACUUCUCACACAGCCCUUCACUCUCUUAAGUUCUCUCAUACCCUCCUCGGACACCAUCGCAUGCCCCUUCGGAGUACGCCUUGCACGGCCUUUCAAGACAUGGAUUUUUCUCUCUGGGGAAAGACUGCCCCCUGCUGGUUUGGCUUCAGUCUUGGUCUGAAGCCCCUCUCUUGAUCUGCAGUCUUGGAGACUAAGCAUUUAAAAGUCAAGCUCAUCAAAAUGUAAACCUAGAACCAGUGGUCUGGCCAACCUUGCUUUCGGGAACUGUGACAAAGACACCAAGUCAUCAGGAUUAUUGGCCCCUCCAGAAACCAGGGAGAACAACUUGACCUUUUCCUAAUUAUUUCCAUCCUGCCCCCAACGUACUUCCACUUUGGGCCCUGGCGUCCAUCCUGCAACCUUCAUUCUAGAUGGCUUUCAUGCCAGUUUUGCUCAGACCUGCACCAUCAUAGAAUACUCAGAAGAUAAAAACGUAGAAGACACUCCUGAACUAAAAUCCCUUAAAUGGCAGUGGCUGAAAACACUCCACAAUAUGCCCAACAGUGUCACUGUAACAUGGGAUUUUCUCACCCAAAUAGGCAACUCAUGCUUCCAGUGUAAUCCAAGCAUGUGGUGUUUCGGUGCCAUAUGUCCCGGUUUCUAUUUUGGAAGCUCUCAGCUGUCUCGCUUAUGUACCAUAUGUAAAUUUAUUCUUUUGAAAAUAAAAAAAAUCACUUGUUUAUGACUUCUCAUUAAAUGCUUUAAAAGCCAGUA